AUGGGAGGACGUGGCGGAAGUUCGAUGACAACUGCGAGAAAUGUGGCAAAUGCUCUUGGAAUUGCCAGACAGGAUGUGCAAAGAAUGAUGGCGCAGCAGAAAAUUGAACCGCCACCCAAUUAUCCGGUAGGGGAUUUUGAAAUUUGAAAAAUCAGAAAUUUUAGGCAAAAAUUAUCUUCAGAAAAUUGAUUUUAAUCUGAAAAUUUUUAAGAAUUCUAGAAUUUUCAAACUCUUUCUUUUCUAGAACUUUUUGAAGUUGAAAAUCAAAAAAAAAAGAAUUGUUUCAUUUCAAAAUUCAAAGAAAUAUGAAGAAAUUUUGAAACAGUGAAAAAUUCAUCAAAUUCAACUAAAUUUGAUUAGAAAUUUAUGAAAAUAUAAUUUUGAUUAAAAAAAGUAGAAAUUUAUAGAUUUUCCUAAAUUUUUAGCUGAAAUGGGUUCGAAAAUAUUCAAUUUUCAAAACUUUCAUUAAAAAAUCUAGAGAUGAAUAUCGAACAACAAUAGUUUUAUUCCAAAACCCAAAAAAAUAUGGAACAUUUUUUGAAACAGUAAAAAAAAUUAUGUUUUUUUCAACGAAUAUAAAUACAUCAUCAAUAUCAUUUCUCCAUCAAAUCCAAAAAUAUUCCAAGAAAUUUUGAAACAGUGAAUAAUUUUUGCAGAAAGUUCAACGUGAUCCACAUCCUCUCGAAAUGUCGCCAGAUAUGAUUUAUGUUUCGAGGCUGAAAAUGGAACUUGAUCAAAGGUAACGCGAUUUUUUAUUUGAAAAUUUCGGGAAAACUAUGAGAAAACUGAUAAAAAUAUCUCAAAAAUCGAUUUUUCACAAAAAAUCAACCCAAGAACUAUUGAAAAUUGAGAAUUUUUGUAGGAAAAUUUCCGAAAUUCCCCCCAAAAGUUCCCAAAUAUUUUUUCGCAGACUCCGAGAUUCGCAAUUCUUCAUCGAAGCCGAAAACGAGGAUCAAAUCAAACGAUAUUUGGAUAAAUAUUCGAUUAUUGAACGCGAAAAAUUGGAGGCUGAUAUGCAGUGUUUGCCAGAAGAAUUAUCAUGGAAAAAGAAGAAAUUGAAAGAUGGAAGAAAUGGAGAAGGAGAAACGAAAGCGAAGAAAAGGAAAUUAGCGGCUGAUGAUACGGCAAGUGCAUUUUUGGCGGAAAAAAUUCUAUAA